AUGGAAGAAACACCACAUUUAGUUGCACAUUUUAUGGCUGCUGGAGCAGAAAAACGUUUAGAAGAUUAUCAUUUUUUACGUAAUACUUAUGAAACAAUUAGUGGACAAGAAAUGCAACUUAAUCGUAUUUUACGUAUGCUUGGUGAAGAUGAAUUUACUCUCAAUUGGCGAACAGAAUUAUUACCAAUAGGCAGAGCUCGAUCUCGAUCUGCUUAUGAUUUUGAUCGAUGGAGUAGUGCUUUCAAUUUACAAGGCUGUAUUGCUUAUGAACGUCUUCGAGACUUAGAACAUGAUUAUUCAAAAAAUACAAAACCAUCAACAAUUCCAUCAUCAUCUCGUCGUGUACAAGAACUUCGAGAACGUCGAAAACGCUUAAGUGAACAACAUGAUCAUCCACCGUUAUCGACAAUACGUGGUAGUGGUGUUUUAUCUUCAGCACGUUUACAAGCUUUAGCUGAAUAUGAUACGGCAUUAGCAGAAUCUGAAGCAAAACGAAAACGACAAGCAGAAGAAAAUCAUUUAAAUACUUCAAAAAAUGAUGAAAAUGAAUUAAUUGAAAAACGACGUGAAAAAUUCAAAACAAUGCUUGAAAAUGAAAAUGAAAAUGAAAAAUAUGAAAAAUCAAAACAACAAGAAGUUGAAUCAAACAAUAAUUUUAUCGAAAAUAGUCAUUUGAAUGAAGAUCAAAAUGAAAAUUUAAUUAAAACUCAAGCAAACGAUUCUGAUAAAAAUCGAAAAUCUUCUAUUGACUAUGAUCAAGAAAAAUCAGGAGAUAUUGAAUUAAUAUCAUUUACUGUUCAUUGGGAACCUAUACCAUCAACAAAUGAAAAUCAAGAUGAAAAAAAUUCUUUAAUUCGUCUUUCAUGUCAAUGGGCAUCACCAAGUUCAUCAUCUACAAUUGAUUAUUUUACAAUUGAACGUCAAUUAGGUGAUAAAGAAUGGUUUCCAAUUGGAGAAAAAAUCGAUAAAUUAGAAAAUCAAACACAAUUAGAUAUUUCAUUAUUCAAUGAUAAUGAUAAUAAUGAAAUUAAUAUUAAUAUUCCAUCAUAUUUUCGUCUUAAAGCUCAUCUACAAAAUGGUCAAACAUUUACAAGUAAACCAACUGAUGAAAUAUUUCUUAAUUUAUUUCAAGAUAAAAAUAUAAUUAUACCACAUGUGGAUAUUCUUUCAUCUGAUUCUGUUCAAUUAACAUGGAAUGAUAAUCAAAAUGAAGAAAAAUCAAAUAUCUAUGAUAUUGAAAAGAAAGAAAAACAACAACCAGAAUGGGAAAAACUUAUUGAAGUUCCAUUAUCACAACGUUCAGCUAGAAUAGAUAGUUUAACCGAUGCUAAACAAUGUCAAUUUCGUUUGACACCAUCAACAAGUGAACUUGAAGAAAUGAAAAAAACAGAUAAUGAAAUCGAACCAGAAGUAUUAACCGUACAUAAUGUUAAUGAAUGGUUAAAUUCAUUACAUAUUAAUCCAACAUCACCAAAUAUAGUUGAUAUUAAUAUAUCUGAAGAAGGUUUUAAAGAUUUCAAUUGUUAUAAAAUUGAAUACACGACAAUCAAUCAACUCGAUCAAUGGACACAAAUAUCGGAUAUUACUCAUGAUGAUCCACAAUUAACAAUUGAUAAUCUUAAACAAGGAACUGAUUAUAAAUUUCGUUUUACUCCAGUUUUAACAGGAACAACAGCAACAAUAAAUGGAACUGAUAAUUCUCAACUUUCACUUGUCCUUGAUGUUAAAAUGCCAUUAGCAAGAAAAGGACGAUUUGCUAAAACGGAAAGUGAAACUCCGGUGGGUAUUCCACCUCAAUUUUCAAUUCAAAAACUUGACUCUACAAGUGUUCUUAUUGAAGCGAUUGUUCCGGGAGAAGAACCAGCAACAUUCGAAGAUGUUUUUGAUGUUUAUUCCAAAAGCGAUGCAACAGAUGAUGAUUGGAAUAAAGUUGGAACAAUUGAUAAAGAACAUUUAAGUACAACAGUUGAAAAUCUUGAAGAAAAUACAGCAUAUAGUUUUAAAAUUGAUAAUAUAACAUCAUCGUCAACUGAUAAUCAAAAUAAUACUGUACAAGAAUUUAAGUUUGAAACAACAUCAGUAAAACAAUAUGACCCAUCUUUACUUCUGGAAAAAAUUGAACAAAGUCUUGAAAAUGUUGUUAAUAGUGUUAUGCAAGCAGCUGCUGGUCAUCAGACACUUCAAGAGCCAGUGAAUAAAAGUUUAAAUGAAGUUAUUAAAGAAGUAUUUCGUGAUGAAUCACUUGUACCAAGUGAACAAUAUGGAUUUGAUACAUUAGCAUUAAAUGAUGAUUUAUUAUUAUAUCGUGGACCAAAACAAAUGAUGUUAAAAGAAUUAGAAGUAGAUGAAACAAUUGAUUUGUCAAAACAUUAUGGUGAAAUAAUAAUUCAUAAUCAUCGUACAACAAAACAAUCAGUUAUUGUUCGCGAAGAUAAUGGUAAUACACGUGUUGAAAAUAUUGAUGGUGAUAUCAUAUUACGUAAUGUUGUUAGUGAUGUUUUAUUAAAAAAUGACCAAACACAUCAUCAAUUAUCAAUGAAUAUAGUUGGACAAGCUUUUUUGAAAGGUGUACAAGGAACAUUAGUUGCAUCAAAAUUUAAAGGAAUUAUAGUUGUGAAAAAUGUAAAUAAACCAUAG